AUGUAUUGUCCGUUGGCCGUACAUUUAGAUUACGAUCCACCGAUUUCGAGUACAGCAACACCAGUGGCAAAUGUUUCAAAUUGUGUUUUAUCUCACAAUGGUUUCCUGGACCGAUCCGACUUGAUACAGACAGUUUGUCAGCUUUAUGAAGUAGUGGAAGGCGAGCGUGUUCACUCACGGAAAACAGCCCUUAUCCAACAUGGUUCACCACUUCAUCCAUAUAGCGUUUGUAAUCCAAAUCACAGUGGUCAUGAACUGUGUUUGCCGUUAGCUGUGGAUUAUGUUUCAUCUGAUCUCGCACCUCCGACAAUGGCACAUCACUUUUAUUAUCUUCAUGUACGAGAUGCGAAAAUUCCCACUUCUUUGAAAAAUGAUAUUUACCGUCAGUUAUAUCAUACGGCACCUUUUGAUCUUUUCUCCAAGUAUACUGAGCUACGAAGUCGUUUUAAUUUGAUAUCACUGAAAGAAUGUCGGCCUCUAAUGUUGACUAUUCUUGAUUUCUGGAUUCAACGUUGUAAACGAUUAAAAAUGUCUCUAGAUGCUACGGAAUUUUUUCCAGUUCGAUUGCAGUGGGUCGAUUCGGUGUUUGAAGGUACUCAACUUGAGCGUGAUCGGCUAUCACAAAACUGGGAAGUUGGAUUUGAGGUUGAUAAAUAUGGUUGGGCCAUUGAAAUGGUGCGUGCUGAACAUGUAACUGCAUUUGCUGAAAAUUGUCCGUUGAUCUUCAUGGGUGACAAUACCUCUACACGUCUGGCACGCUAUAUCGAAUGGGGUAAACGAUUAAAUGACGUGGAUGGACGAUUUCUACAACAUUUGGGAAGCGAUAGUUGGAAAUUAGAAGAAUCUGAACGGUUGUCUACUCUAUUUCUCUUUUUGCAGAAGAUUCAUUUUGGUAAUGGAUGUAUUGCAGUGAUAUUAUCAUCUGGAGCACAUGAACUAGCUGAAGGUAUGACACCAUCGAAAUAUGGUAAACUUCUGAAAGAUAUACUUGUGUAUUUGUUGCAGUUCCAAUUGCGCAUAAUUGUGGUUCCACCAACGCCUCGUGUGGAAGACCAGUUUCUUUGGUUCCAGUAUGUGCAACAACAAAUUGAACUUAGCGUCAAGUUAUCGACUGUUGAAUUCUUGAUCCGAUCAACUCAUCAAGCGAGUGAUCGCUGUUUUUUGGAUGCUCUCAUUAUAGGAAGCCGUACAUUGGAUUCGUUUAUGUGUGAUAAUUCUGGCUUUACUGAUUUCGGAAUUAAGAAACUUGGAUUUUACCUGAUCGAAGUAAUGCAUAUCCCGAGAAUCGGUUAUAAUAGACAAAUUUCAAAGCACGAAGUGGUAACUGCGACAACUUCGAGAGGGAAUGAUGCGGUCUUUACCUGCGAUUAUAAGAAGGCAAAUAUUGCUAACGUAGAGCAACAAUCACUGAGAUUGGUUGAAGCACAUACGAACAUCUGGUAUCAGCCGAGUGUUGAUUUUGAAUCUGUUGAUAAUGUUCCAUCUUUCCCUUCAGUAGCAAGUACUGACUUACUACCAAGCAGUGUUACAUACUUAAAUGUGAAGAGUUACUCAGAAUUGGCCGGUUAUGCGGGUUCAGCUGCUGCUGGAAAUUUGUUGAUGCCACUGGCUACCAGCUUUCAGAAUUCGAGAUAUCGGAAAAAGAAAACGAAAGUCGCAGAAGCAUCACAUUCCCAAAUCAUAAAUAACAGACAUUUGCGGGAACAGGAGCAACGUGUAGUGAUUAACUCGUUUAAAAAAUUGGGGCAAUCUCCCAAGUUAUCACAUAAGAACUAUUUUACAUUAGCACAAGAGCGACGUGAUCGGCGUAGACGAGCACGGGCACACCGUGCCACCGAACAACUAAAUAACUAA